UAAAUACCUCUUCUUGCAAAUUCUAACCCCUCACGAAACAAAAGAGACACACACACACAAAGAAGAUGAGCUACUCCAGCGGCCGCAGUUGCCACCACCACCUUCUUCUCUUCUCCUUCUUCCUCCUCCUCCUCCUAACAUCUCCGGCCACCAUGACAUCCGUCGAAGACGAUGGUGCCACGACGGCGGUUACUGUACCCUCUAGCAGGGAAGAAAUGAUGCAGUUGGCUGGUUACGGGGAAGAGAAGCUCUCAACCGUUUUGGUCACCGGCUCCCUCGUCUGCCACGCUUGCUCACCACCACCAUCUUCCCAUGAUCCUCCUCGUGCUAAUGAGAAUCAUGAUCAUGGUGACGAUGAUCAGCUCCAUGAAUGGCCCAUUCCAGGUGCUUUGGUGGCUGUCAACUGCCUAACCAGAGGGAACAAAAAGAGAUCAGCUUCUGUACAAACCUUGACGGACGAAUUUGGAGAUUUCACGAUCGAUCUUCCUUCGGAGCUCCAUGGCAUACCUGAAAUGGACAAGACAUGUUGUGUUACCGUUCUUAGGAUGCCAAAGAAGACAACUUGCAGACCAGCUUAUGUCCAGAAACACAAGGCCUUGGAAUUGUACUCUGUUGGCAAUGGCAUCCGAAAUUACUCUGCUGGGAAGAUACCGUUCUUGCAUUCAGCUUCGAAACCUCUGCAAGCAUGUUCUAAGACCAGACAUACCAUUGAAACAGAGAUUGCAAUAUAGAUGAUGGCAUUGCAGACCUUUUGGAUUCCUUGUGAUGGCGCUACUAGUCACAGCUGGGAGUUCCAAGGUUCCUUUUUCUCAUUGUCUGUGAAGUAUGUAAGAUACACAAUAUAGGAAACAUAGAUGCGGUGUGUAUGUAAAUAUUGAGUGUUUGCACAUUAUUUAAGUGUGGAAAUGGGACACUACUGAUGAACUGUGUGUGACAAAAAAUCUUACAAUCCUGAUCUUAUUAUAAUCCAUGAAUGGCAAACACAUAGUUGUGAAACUAGAAGAUACAACAUGCAAGUACAAAGUAGUGAAACUGAGAAGCAAUUGCAAGAUGGAUCUCUUUAUGCGCUGUUGCCCGAAGAUAUGUAUUUGGCAACAUCAGCACAGCAACAGAGUCUGCUUGCAUCUUCAUCGGGGAUCUCAAUAGCGAACUCCUCCUCGAAAGCCAUAACAAGCUCCACCCUAUCCAGACUGUCCAAGCAUAAAUCUUUCUGGAAAUCGGCAUUUUCAGUAACCUGGUUGAGUUAAGAUAUGUUAAUUAGUCAAACCAAAAGAGAUGAUCCCAUAGUUUAGAACAUUGAAAAAGAGGAAGAGAAUAAUAAGCAACACCAGAUGAUGGCAUGGAAAAAUGAAAGAAAUUUGUAGAUUCCCUUACCUUAUUGGCAUCAAUUUUAUCAAAUUUCUUAACCAGUCCAAUCACCCGGUUCAUAACCUGCUCAGGGAUUGCACCUGUAGCAGCACAAAAUGGCAUUUGCAGUUGCUUCAACACAAUAGCCCUCUGAUAAGGCAACCAUUGUUGAGGAUUUACCCUCACCCUAAUGUGGCUCAGAAUUGUCUUUCUAAUGAUUUGCAUGCUGAAAUAGGUGAAAAGGAGA